AUGGCGAGUACAAAAUCACAACUGGUCGAUCGUUCCUGUUAUGGUAUGGGACCAGACCAAUCUCUCUUUCUGUCCGCUUCAACUUUUGAUAAUUUGCAACUAAAUCGUAGUAGUAUCGAAUCUCCAUCGAGCAGAAUUAAAAUUCCAUCUUUCUUAGAGAAGAGAAAACUAUUUAAAGUUAUCUUUGACGGUGAGGAUCUUACGCCAGAUGAUAUCACAGAUCCAAGCUUCCCAUACAUGGAUGAAACAGCUAAACACGCCGCCUUUGAAAACAGAUCUCGCAUAAUGGACGAGGCACAACUCAAAAUGGCGAAAUCAAAGUCUAGAAUGGCCGUGAGCAUGAAGGUGUAUGCGACGACCAUUAACCUUGACGACAUACAUAUUGAUUACACACUCAAUACCGAGGAGGGGAUUGAAGAUUACGACGCCGGGUUGGAAUUAGCACCGUCUGCGUUUUAUUUACCCAAAAUGAAUCCCAUAACGUCUUACCCACCAGAAAUAUUCGUAAUACUCAAAGAAACUCAGACAUGUUUCUUAUUUGACUUGCCGUGUAUUUCUUACGAGAAGGGAACGUUUGAGGCUAAACAGGUUGAAGAAGAAAAUACUUACUAUGAAUACAUUACGGUAGGGAAAGGAAGAAAUCGAAAGAUGGUCCAUGAAGAAACUCAAACAAAAGAAAAAGUACUCCAAUCGAGACAUACGCUCGCGGUAAGACCACAAAAGAGGAAUGCUAUAGCAUUUGCAUCGAUGUGGGACAUGCAUGACACUUAUGCGCUCCUUGCAAUGAAGCGGGAGGAAGAAAAGAAAGAUGAAAUGGUGUUGUAUCAAUCUGUAGCACCCACCGUUUUACGGAAGAAAAAUAAUAAAGCGGUAGUCAUAGAACAUAGAACCGGGAAGACUUUUGAAAGUAUUGCAGCUACACCACAAUUCUUGGAUGCUGUGCUUUUAAUAGAACGAGUACUGGCAUCGUUAGAAUACGGCGAUGCUCAGAAAAAGUUCCGUGGGCUUAUUAAAAUAGAUCCGCUUUCUCUUGACUUGGUAUAUAUUUAUUCAAUGAGACCAUUGUGGACUUUUGAAUGUGAAGAAACAAUAAAUAGGCCAAUCACAAGCGUAUCUUUUAACUCUUAUAAUCCUAACAUUUUAGCAGUUGGUUAUGGAAAAUUCGCAUAUGCUGAGAAUACACAGGGUAUGGUCUGUGUAUGGUGCACAAAAAACCCAUGUGAACCGGAGAGAUUGUAUCGCUUCGAAUGUCCCGUAACAUCUGUGCGUUUCUCUGAGAAAAACCCUAACUGGUUGGCUUGUGGCUUUUGGAAUGGUGACGUCAUGAUAUUAGACAUUACAUCUUAUACUGUCAAAACAAUGGCAAUGAGUAAUCGACAAACGAAUCCUUGCUUCGAUCCGAUAUGGGUGACUAGUUGGCGCACUGAAGACAAAGAUGUCGAGUACGUGAUGACAACUUGCGAAGACGGGAGAAUAAACCGGUUUACUAAUACCAAAACUCACGAAUUUUUAUGUACUCCUAUGAUGCGAGUGUCAACUGUGGAGGGGAAACUUAAAGGUCUAGAGACGGCUAAAAAUUGUCUGAAAAAUGAUGUGCCUAUCACGCGAUACCCGGCCGUGCUCAGCAUGUUGUGGCACCCCACUAUAAGUCAUGUUUACUUUGCCGGUACUGCCGAGGGCUGUAUCCACAAAUGCUCGACACACUAUUUAAAUCAGCAUAUUGACGUAUUUCGAGCUCAUGCAGGUCCCAUCUACGAUAUACAGAUUUGCCCUUUUCACAAACACUUGCUAGCAACUUGUGGUGCGGAUAACGCUGUAAGGCUUUGGAUAGAGGGUAUGGAUGAAGUGAUCAUGACGUUGUUAUGUCCAUCCGCGGUGUAUGGAGUGGCAUUUUGUCCUAUAAAUGCGACCAUAAUAGUUUGUGUGAGCGGUAAUGUUUUAUCCGUGUGGGACUUGCGUCGAAAGAAUCACAUACCGUGUGCGGAGUAUACGUUCGCCGCUAACGUUGUGUUGACAUACGUCAGUUUUGCGAAGCCUGGAGACAAUGUGUUUGUUGCAGACACUUCGGGGCGCAUUCAUACGUUCCACUUGGAGGACACACCAAUACCGCCGUUUUAUCAGCGCAUUAUGCUCGACGAAGCUAUACGGAAGGCACUGUGCACGCGGCCGCACAUGUUGAAGCAGCUAGACAAACUUGAUAAGCUUAGAAAUCAUGAGAUUUCGUAA